UUGCUUGAAUGAACUGGAGCUUGAAUUUAGUCUGCGUCCUAAAACUUGCAAAACUGUUGGCUAAAGAAUAGUAAGAUGGUUGGAUAGUCUCCAGUGUUUUUACUGCCUCAUGCAUUUAUUGCUUAGACAUUAGAGGGGAAUCGGGAAUUAUAAAAGUGGCUUAUGCAAUUUUAGAAUGGGAAGGUUCUUGUGACAGUUUUUCUUUGUAUAAAGCACUCAACUAAACGUUCUUGCUCAGUGCAUAGUUGUGGUAGCUGCGAGUUAUGACAUGGCUACUGUACUUUACAUGUGAUGGAUAUCUCGUUUACUAGUUAGCAUACAUCUUUGACAUACCUUUUGAACUACAUUGCUUUUGUUGUAGUAUAAUGUUCAAUAUCUGCAAAGGUUCUUUUCAUUUUUGUACUGAAGGUUUCUAGCAUUUCUCAAAUUAUGUAGAAAAAAAAAUCAUGUUAUCUGUUAAAAUAUUUGCUAAGCAAACUUUCCAAUUGUUCUGAAACUUACACACAAGUUAUUCAUAUCGGCUUUAGCGCAUCACUAGGAUAGCAGAUUUCUUUGUAUUCUUGUUCAUAGAUUGAAGAUGAGACUCAGGUGGAUGCUUGCUCAAUAAAGGACCUGAUGGGAUGGCUGGUGAUACAAACUAGCUUUCUGUUUUUCUUUUGUAUGUAAGUAAAGAAUUGUUAUGAAUGUUUCGAUGCCAGUAUAAUGCUGUGGUAGAAGUUGCUGGCUCGGGGGUUAACUAUGUUAAGUGGAAAUUAUUUACAUAGUCUUGGCGUAUGUCUCCCUCGUACCCCAAAUAUUCAAUUAGUAUACAAUAGACCACCUAAUAGUUUAGGGAGAUGGAACAUUAAAUUUAGAGACAUAAGGGGGCAAAUAUUUUCAUAUUAAAUUGAAUAAUUUCUUGCUUCGGCCAUGGCCAUGUCAUAGGAAUGGUCAUGCCUGAGCUUUUUUCCCUAUUUGUUAUGGAGGAAUUUAUUAGAGUUGCUACCUAAGAAUUUCUCUUGUUUUAAUGAACUAAACCCAUUCACCUCGCAAACAAUAAAACCACGCCACAGGCAAGUCUAACCGAGAGCAACGAUGUCAGUUUCCUCCUCCAAGUUAUACUCAGUAGGAGCAAGGCAGUGUAUCAACGCCGAUCAAAGCACCAAAAAGAACAUUACUGCUCCAAAUCACACUAAAUUACCACCUCUCAGAACCCCAAAUAUUAAACCCAUAAACCAUCUUCCCGCAAAAAAGAGCUGCUCAAGCUCAGACAUUAUGAGGUUAAUGGACAGCCUAUGCCACCCUAUACCACCAGACAUCUACACUUCUCUUAUCAAAGAAUGCACACUGACAUCUGAUUCCACUGAAGCUCUCUGCUUGCAUUCUCACCUCAUCAGCCAGACCAACCUCAAACUCACCCCUCCUUUGGUCCACCGCCUACUUCUUAUGCACGUAUCAUGUGGGCAGUUAGACAUUGCUCGCAACCUGUUUGAUAAAAUGCCGCUCAAGAAAGACUUUAUCUCUUGGGUUAUUGUCAUUGUUGGUUGUUUCAGCAACUCGAAAUAUGAAGCGGGUAUUAAUUUGUUCAUCGACAUGUUACUUCAACACAGUGUUUAUGAUGGCCUCAUGUUUGAUUUGAACACAUGGAAUAUUAUUAUACUCUGUAUUAUCAAGUGUUGUAUAUACAGUAUGAACAUCAGUUUAGGGAAGCAGGUACACGGGAUACUAUUUAAAGUAGGCCUUACUAGUGAAAUUUCUUUUAAUGUUUCAUUGAUGGAUUUUUAUGGGAAACUUGGGUGUCUAGAAGAUGUUAACUCUGUGUUUAAUAAGCUUGAUAAUCAUAACACUGCUACUUGGACGGCUAAGAUAGUGAAUAGUUGUAGAAAUCAACGUUUCUAUGAGGUAAUAGAGGAUUUUAAAGAGAUGGGAGAGGCUGGAAUUAAGAGGAAUAGUUUUACUGUUUCUAGUGUACUGAGGGCAUGUGCUAGGAUGGGUGAUGGUGGAAAUUGUGGUAAACAAGUCCAUGUCAUUGUCAUCAAGCUAGGGCUAGAAUCAGAUGCUUUUGUGCAGUGUGGAUUGAUUGCCAUGUAUGGGAAAUGCGGGAUGAUUAGGAAGGCCAAGAAAGUUUUCGAAUUGGUCAUUGAUAAAACAAACACUGCAUGUUGGAAUGCUUUGCUUAUGGCUUAUGUGCGGAAUGAGUUGUUUAUUGAGGCAAUGAAGCUUCUGUAUCAGAUGGAAGCAGCUAAGAUACAGGUCAACGAAUCACUAUUAGAUCAUGUUAGGAUUGCCUGUGGUACUAAACUCUGAGAGCAGAACAUACCGACUGCUUGAUGACAAGAUCUUAUGCAUGCUUGAUGGCUGCUCCAAGGAUAUCCGAUAAAGAGAGUAAUCUCAUUUGGCAUUCAGUUAGUCAAUCCAGUUAACGAGGCAGCUCUUUUGCAAUUGUGUGAAUCAGAUUGUAAUUGGGACGCUAGCGGUGUUUCCUGUGAUACCCGAGGAACUCUGACAUAGAAGAAAAUAUUAGAAGAAAGUGCAUCAUUUUCCAGCUGAUGUUGAUUGCAGCAAUUUUGCUCCGCAAUAAACCCCAUAAAUUUUAAUUAUCCAAAAAAAAUUUACCCUUCCAGUUUUCAAGUGAAUCUAAGCACUAGUCCACUAAAGUUGUCCUACAUAACCUAAAAUCUAAAUGAUAGAUUCCUUAGAACUCUGAAGCAUGCUGCUGGUAGGCCAUUUUCUUCUCUAAGGCAGUUGGAAAAGAGAGAAACAGGAAAUGUAGCCAUUUUAUUUUCUAAGUAGGUGGGAAAAGAGAAAAAGUUAUUUUACGUAAUCCUAAAUCUUAAUUAUUUAGGUGGUCCUUGCAGAUUUUCCUAUUUAGAACUUGUUAUAAUUAUGUAUUUAAAGUUGGAAAUUUCCUAUUUGGUGAAAAAAAUGUAGGGUUUUUUUUUAAUUAUUUAGGAACUCGUUUAGAUUCUCUUUAGGAAAUCUUUUCUUGUUUUGGAAGUUUUAUUGUGUCUCAUCAUUUAGAAUUCUUGUCGGACAAAAAUUACUUUCUCCGUUUCUGAAGUCUUAUGAUUUACCAAAUUACUCGAUUUCUUUUUUUCAUUUCUCCUUUCUAGUAAUUUCCUAUUUAGAACUGCUUAUAACUAUGUAUUUAAAGUUGGGAAUUUCCUAUUCAGGGAAUGUAGGGGUUUAUUAAUUAUUUAGGAACUCUUUUAGAUUCUCUUCAGGAAAUCUUUUUCUUUUCUUGGAAGUUUUAUUGUUUUCUCAUCAUUUAUAAUUCUUGUCGGACAAAAAUAAUUUUCUCCUUAACUUGUCUCGUCUCUCAAUUUUCUCCAUUACCCACGGUGAAACCAAAUUACUCUUUCUCAAUUUCUUUUUUUCCAUUUCUCAUUUCUAAUGAAACUUUGUCCUACCUGAGAAACAUCUUUACUAUUUCUUGAGGGCAGGUUGGCGGUGGUGAAACUGUUGUUGACAAAUCCAGGCAACUGCCAUAAUAUUUGGGUGGAUUCUGAUGCUAUUGUGCACUUUGAAUUGAUUGACGGUGCUAGGAUGGUAAGGAAAAACACUACAACGUUUCAUAAUGCUUUUGUUAUGGUUAUAUUGGAGCCUCGGGUGCUUCGCUACGAAAAUUGAGUCUCUGUAUCAGAUGGAAGGAACUGGGUUAAGGUCCAGAAAUAAUUGAGAAUUCGUGUCAGGAUUCCUUACAGAUCUAAAUAUUGAUAUGUGCAUGUACUUGUGGGGGCACAGCGUAUUCUUUCAAACAAAUAAAGGUUCAUGCCUAUGGUCACUUCAUCUAGAAUCUAGACAACACUUGCGCAAUUUGUACACGGUCCCUUAACUUUUGUAUGAUUCUCAUUUUCCACAUAUAUACUUUUGUUUGAUGUUAAUUCGUGUAGAUGUAUACCAUUUUUUUUAUUAUUUUUGAACAGACCUGAAUUUCCCAGAUGAGAGGUGGAUUCCUCUGUACAAAAAAAAAAAAAAAAGCAUCCUCGCAAGCAAGAACAUAAAGAUGAUCCGGAAGGGAAUUGACCCAAUCUGCAGGACACAUAUUAGCUCUGAUAUUUAGUUAUAAAUAGUUCAUUCCCAGUUUUCUGUAUACACAUUUCGUCGAUUACAUCAUAAUGAAUGGUGAAUGGCUCUUUAGUUGAAAAAUCUGUAUGUAUAUAUUUGACGGUUAGCACGAAUUAUUGAAAUGAUAAGAGUAGUCACUCAAUGCUGAGUCUGUAUUACCUAA